GAUCAGAAUAAUGACCAGAGUGGCUAGCUGGCAAUUUUACGAUGUAAUCUAACUGGGAGGGCCAGUUAUAAACUUAUAAUGCUGAAAGCAACUUAUCAAGAAGAGAGAUCUACUACCUCUAACUCAAUAUUCGUUGCUUUCAUCUUUUCAUGUUGUUGAUGAUCCAGUGGUGGCUUCUAGCUUAGAACUUAGGCACAGAUAAUGGGGAAGACAGGUAAAUGGCUUAGAAGCUUCUUGACAGGAAAGAAAGACAAAGAUCACAAGGACAAGGAAAAAUGUCCCACUGCUGCUGCUGCUGCUACUACCACUCCCUCUAAUCAGAAUUGCUCACCUGCUCCAACUUUUGAGCAGAAUCCCAGUACUCCAAAUUCAACACCGAAAGAGAAGAAGAGGUGGAGUUUCAGAAGGUCAUCUGCCACAUCCCCAGCUUCAAAGGAUUCAAGUACUGUGGAAGCACCAACCACACCACCACCUGUGCACACCACAUUGGAUUUAUCUGAUAAAUAUGAUGAGCAGAAAAAACAUGCCUUGGCAGUGGCGGCAGCCACAGCUGCAGUUGCUGAUGCAACCGCAGCUGCUGCACAAGCUGCAGCUGCUGUCAUGCGGCUGACAGCAGCUGCCAAUGAAAAAUCUGCUGCCAUUGAAGAGGCGGCCGCCAUCAAAAUUCAAUCUGUCUUCCGCUCUUAUCUGGCAAGAAAAGCAUUGUGCGCAUUGAAAGGACUAGUAAAGUUGCAGGCAUUGGUAAGGGGUCACCUGGUGAGAAAACAGGCCAAAGCGACACUGCGGUGCAUGCAGGCAUUGGUGACGGCACAGGCUCGAGCUCGAGCUCAGAGGAUUCGAAUGGUGGAAGAUGGAAACACUCUUAAUUCUAGGCCAUCCACCGGCAGAAGGUCUUUACAGGACAAUCGGCUCAGGCAUUCAUAUAAUGAAUUUGAUAAAGGCAUGGAAGAGAACAUUAAGAUUGUGGAGAUGGAUCUUGGGGAUGCAAAAGGAAAUGUGAAGAGCAGAAACAGCUACUCGAAUCACACACAAGCAGAUCGAUCAGAAUCUAGAUUUUCUACUCAGUCUGCACCAAAUCACCAACCAUACAUAAAGCCAGACAACUACAGCAAUGUCUCACCAGCUCCAUCAACUCUAACUCAGGACAUGAUGAGUCCUGGAGCCUGCAGUGGCCAUCUUGAGGACUUUUCCUUCGGAACAGCUCAAAGCAGCCCCCAGUGCUACUCUGCAAUGUCCAAACCAGAUCCAUCGAGAGUUCCUUUUGCUUUUCCUAGGCCAGAUUAUGCCGAACAUUAUUCCUACGACUAUCCACUAUACCCAAACUACAUGGCCAAUACACAAUCUUCAAAGGCCAAAGCUAGAUCACAGAGUGCACCAAAGCAAAGACAUCCAGAUGCAUUUGAGAGGCAACCAAGCCGAUCACGAAGGACAUCAGUGGAAGGAAGGAAUCAUAUUCCAAGAGCUGUGAAGAUGCAGAGGUCAUCUUCACAUGUAGGUUCCACUGCUCAAAAUUACCAGUACCCUUGGUAUAAUAUCAAGCUGGAUAGAUCCUCAGUUUCACUAAUGGAAAGUGAGUGUGGCUCAAGCAGUACUGUGCUCACCACAAAUACCAACUACUGCAAAUCUCUUGUUGCUUUUGAUGGACAUGGAAGUAGGUACUAAUAAACAGUGCAUGAAGAAAAUGCAGAGAGAACUUAGAGCAUGCAGGCUUCAAAGGGAGUGGACUAAGACGGUGAAGAUCUUACUCACCAUACUUUCUUACCAAGAUUAUAAAUUUUUUGGGGUUUUACUACUGGUUUUGCAAGAUUGUAUUUUAUUGAAUUUCCCUUCUUGUGUAGAAAAGUCCCAUUUCGCAUUUAUUGUUUGCAUUUGGCAAAAUGUGCUCUAGAGGCUUACAGGUUCAGAUAAGUA